AUGUUAUUAUUCGGAAAUAAAUUUUAUCUUAUUUUUAUAUCAUUGUGGAUCUUUGGACUUUAUUGUAUAUUUACAUCAUUUCAUUCAACACCGAAUAAUAAUAAAGUAUUUGAAGAUCGUAUUGAAUAUUUACAAAAUGAAGUUGAUUCACUUCGGCAAAAACUUGCUCAAUUACAAUCCGGAAAUAAUAUCAAUGAUCAAGUAAAAGUUGGGAAUGAGAAUGUUCAGUGUCAAACAUUAGAGAAUGAAAUGAAACGACUGAAACGAGCAUUAAGAUCGAAAAAUGGUGGCGAUGGUACUACUUCUUCCCGUGAGGAACCUAGUAUGGAAUAUGAAAAACUGCGAAGAAAAAUUGAAAUGCAAGCACGAGAAUUAACUUAUUUUACAACUGAUCAAUUGAAUAAGAUAUCUGGAAAAUUAACAGAUGAUGAUAAACAAAAAUGGGAUAAUGUUAUAUUACGAUUUGCUGAUCAAAGUAGAGUUUUAUUAGCCUCAAUUCGAAAUAUAACCGAAGUCGAUGGAUAUCAAUUGUGGCGUGAACGUGAACAUGCAAGUCUUUCUAAAUUAAUGCAAGCACGUUUAAAUUCACUACAAAGUCCAAUAAAACCGUGCGAAAAUGUUAAACGUGUGACAUGCAAUAUAAAUAAAGGCUGCGGUUAUGGUUGCGAAAUUCAUCAUGCCAUGCAUUGUUUUCAUAUUGCUUAUGCAAUUGGUCGACCUCUGAUUCUUUUCUCGGAUGGAUGGCGAUAUAAUUCUGGUGGGUUUGAUCAAAUAUUUUUGCCACCCAGUCAAAAUUGUACAACAUCAUCGGCGACUGGCGCAUCAUCUUGGAGCAAUUAUGAAACAGCUGAUGUUGUUGAAAUUCCACUGAUUGAUAAUAUUUAUCCAAGAAAAGAUUUUAUGCCGAUGGCCGUUCCUGAAGAUAUCGCCGAAAGACUUAUUCGUUUACAUGGAAAUCCAUUUGUUUGGUUCACUGGGCAAUUAAUGAAAUAUCUAUUGAGACCACAGCCAUGGUUGAAAGAAUUUAUGGAGAAGAAAUAUGAAAGUAUUAAAUUUGAAGUGCCGAUUGUCGGAGUUCAUGUACGACGAACAGAUAAAGUUGGAAGUGAAGCCGCAUUUCAUGACAUUUCAGAGUAUAUGAAACAUGUUGAAGAUUAUUAUAUUAUUUAUCAAUAUCAAAAUCCAAAUGUAAAUUUUACAAAACGAGUUUUUCUAGCUACUGAUGAACCGGCCGUUUUUAGUGAUGCGCGUUCAAAAUUUCCAAAUUACAUAUUCUAUGGUGAUACAGCUGUAGCAAAAUCUGCCCAAUUGAAUACAAGAUACGGAACAGAAUCAUUGAAAGGUGUACUAUUGGAUAUUCAUUUUCUUUCUUUAUGUGAUUAUUUGGUUUGUACAUUCUCGUCACAGAUUUGUCGUGUUGCCUAUGAAAUCAUGCAACAACGAUUAGUCGAUGGUGCAUGGCGUGUGCAGCCGCUUGAUGAUGUUUAUUAUUUUGGUGGACAAAAUGCUCAUAAUCAACGUGCUCUUCUACCUAAUAAAGCUGUUUGGCCAAAUGAAUUUAGCUUUCAACGAGGUGAUAUCAUCGGUACAGAAGGAAAUCAUUGGGAUGGAUUUUCAAAAGGAUCAGAUAAAACUAAUGGUCAAACAGGUCUUUAUCCAUCAUAUAAGACCGAAGAGAUUGUCAAUGUCGCAAAAAUGCACGCCUAUCCAGAAGUGCGAGUUAACGUAGAUGAAUUUUAA